UUGUAAAUAUUCAUGACAUUUCAUGAACAGCUGUAACUAUAAUAUAAAACACCGCGAAAAUGAAAUCACAAUGAAAAUUUAAUUGUUUUUGGUGAUGAAGUGAGAUAUUCGUGACUAAUUUAUUUAUUUAUAUUUGGUUUCGUAAUGUAAUUCGUAUUGUGGGUCAGCCUUAUCUCAAAAGUGCUAUUAGUUGUUACUGUCCAUCAAAAUCUAGAUCAAGAUCAAUAUCCAGAUCAAGUCAUGAAGCGUCAAAGAUUUGCUUUGAAUGAAUCUCUGAAGUUGGAUGGUACAACGAUUAUACCCGGUUCUGUUGUGCAGUACUUGGCUUGUCACCAGCUAGAAGGCAUCCGCUCUAUUCAUCGAGGAUUAGCACAGCACACGGGAGUAAUUUUGAAUGAUGAGUCAGGACUGGGGAAGAUUCAUCAGGUUAUCGGUUACUUAUCAGCUACAAUAGGGCCGACAGAUAAGGUUUUAGUAGUAAGCAACAAUAUUGAUAGAAUACACCACUGGUUGUAUCAUUUAGAACUGCUAACUGAUCUUCGAACUGUGAUAUUGACUGAAAGUGGUAAGCCUGACUAUUUGAUGUGUGAUUUUACAUUAAUGGUUAAAUGCGCUCCUAAUAAUUUAGAGACAUCGAGCUUGAAUUAUCAGAUUUUAUUAACAGAGUUUGCUACCAUUACGAAGCAAAUGGUAUCCGAAAUCGAAGUACAAUUAGUGAUAAUAGAUGAAACCAGAAUGGUGGAUGUUGAUUUAUAUUUGGCCUGGAUAUUUUCGAAGUUGAGCAAUACCAAACGAAUAUUUCUUUAUUCAAGUGAUCUCUUAGACGAUUUGCAUCGUCUGUUGGCUAGAUUAAAGUUGUGCCAAUUUAAUUAUUUUGGAAGUGUGCUUGAUGAUUUCGCUGGCGAUGUACACCGUUUUGAACAAAAGGAGAGUUUAAAAAAGCUUAAGUUGUUUUUCUUGACUAGAAGUGUGCUGAUACGAAGACUUUGUAGACACAAUUACGAUAUAAUCCCUCUGGUGGAUAACCGGGAAUUUGCUGAUCGUUUUGAGUCUUGGAAAGUUGUAAACGGUUUACAGGGACAAUCUAAGUUAAAUUCAGGAUCAUGCCAUUAUGCGCAGAAGGGGUGUGUUGCUGUCGCUAAAAGUAGCAGUGACGAACUUUUUGAUUUCAUCAACCAAACAGCACAAGAAAGUAGUUUAAACAAGGCGAUUGUUGGUGAUUUGGAAAUUAUUAAUUUUGAAAGCGACUCAGAAGAAAACGAUACGGUAGCUUUCGCUGUUGAACGUACACAAAGUGAACCACUAUUUGACAUCGAGAACAAUACUGAAGAUAUGCCGAAAUUAGAAAUAUCAGAUUCUGAAAGCAAGUCAACAGACGACGUUUUAUCAAAAAUCUUUGUGACUGACAUAUUAUCAUUACCUUUGAAAGAGAACAUAGAGAUUCCUGAAACGGAACGAUCAUCACAAGUAGCUGGAAACCAUACGGAUUCUGAGGAAUAUUUGGAACUUGGUCAAGCGUUAGUUUGUGGUAACUCCAAUUCAAGAAGUUCAGCCGAUACUAUAAUUAUGAAAUCGCCUCCAUUUGUUGAAGAAAAGUAUUAUUUUACAAUCGAUAGACCAUUACGGAGGAACACCCCCUCCUCGUCUUCGAACGAUGUUGAGAUCGUUUCAAAAGAAGUUACAAACGCGAUUGUGGUGUCCAGUUCGAGUAACAGUGAUAAACGUGUAGGGAGGGAGAAAUCGCCGGAUUUAUUCAGCGAUACUGACGAUGAGAGCAACAAAACAAUUAAGAUGAAUUCCCAGGAUUCUUUUCUGGACCUUCUGCUUAAAAGCCCCGUAGUAUUUGAUAGAAUUAUAAAAACUAAACCAUCAACUACGCGACCAAAAUUAGUCCAGUCGAACGUGAGCACACCAAUUUCAAAACUAAUGCAUGCUCAAAUUCAAGACGAAUCACCAGAUGAAGAGUCGCUAGACGAUAUUUUUGCAGAUCAAAGUACUUUUAAACAAACAGUCAGCCCAAAUCGAACAGAAAAUGUUUUCGAAAUUACUGAUAAUGAUGCUUUUGGAAAACGGGUCCGCGUUUGCGCUGAAAGGAAAAGCAUGUCUCCUAUUGAUAAAGACCUUGGUGUUCAAUUUGUUGCGGAAGAACAACCAUAUAAUUCGCCAAUUGAAAUUGUUGACUCACAAACGGAAAACUGUAAUUCGAAAAGUCAAAACAAGCAUCCUGUCGAUUUGAAGAAAGCUACGCCUAAGUCAGAAGGUACGUCAGCAAAGCGACUCGGUUGGCUUUCGAAGGGUAGAAACAAUGCUUCCCCAGGAGGAGGAUCACCAAAGACACCGACUGCCAGGAAAAAGAUUUCCUCUCCUGGUUUUGGUAUAAAUAGAAGUUCAGAACGAGUGUCAAAUACCACUAGUUUGAAACGCAAAAAACUGGAGGAUUUAUUUCGUGCUUCUACGAGUGUUAAUCGACGAAAAUCGGCACCUGUCACUAGCAGUGCAAAAAAGUCUUCUCCGAAAAAGAAAUGCUUUCAGCAGAGGCUGAUUGAGCGAUACAACCAAAUACUAGUAUCUCCUAGUGGAUUUGAUAGUGAUUUCGAGUAAUGUGUAUGUUUUAUAUUGGACAUAUUUAGGUCUUUUUAAAUUGUAUGUCAGUGCGAUUCAUUAUACUGUUUUAUUGUUGAAUUGAGGCAAUAAGAACUGAUAGUUGAAUACUGUUGUUGUGUUUCAUUUCAUUAUAUUUAUUCAUUUUAUAGCCUUUUUAUUUGUAGUAAUUAAGUGGGAUUAUAAAUUACAAUAUAACAUAUAACAUUAUAAAAAACAUUAUAAAUUUUUUUGUUUCCGUUUUAUAGCAGUAUACUUUUUCUUUUUGAUAGUCUUAUCAUUUACAUUGAAAUUUGAAUUCUUGAGCGUUACUUAUUUUUAGCAUCAUUACCAAGACGGUAUGUUAAGUUUUGACGUCUUGUUUAGUUUUGACACAGCAGGUACUUCGGUUUCAUCUCCAACAUUAUAGUAUAUCUUCAAAUCCGGUAGAAUUUCAAUCAAGUGGACCUAAAAAGAAGGAAGGAUACAAAAGUUGAAUAAUUCGGUGUAGUUAUUUUCCUGAAUUGAAAACAAAUAUUUUUUCUGCUGUUCAGUUAGUUACUAGAACUCCAAAGAGCAGAGGAUACAUAAACAUCCAGAAAUGGGAAGAAAAAUUGAGGGAAUCCGAGCUGAAUAAAAAAGGCUUCGAAAAGGUUGACGAAAACGGAAGCUGUCCAGGACCUACACCUACAAAGCAAGAAAUACAAAACAUCCUUCAACUCAUGAAAAACAAUGCUGCUCCGGGUCUAGAUUCGAUACCGACUGAACUGCUGAAAUAUAGUUCAGAAAAACUGUUGGAGGAAUUUUUGGAACUAAUCAAAAAAGUAUUCAACGAAAACAAAAUCCCUCAAUCAUGGACAGAAACCCUCCAAGUCCCCAUUCCCAAGAUCAACAACCCUAAAGGAGUAGAGGAUUACAGGCGAAUUACCCUCUGUAAUGUAGCGUACAAAAUAUAUGCUAGCAUCCUGUUGAAUAGACUGCGUGAGCAAAUCCCUCCGAUGCUAUCCUACCAAAUGGCCUUCCAGGAAGCCCGAAGCGCAGCCGACCAAAUCUUCGUUCUCAAAAGAAUACCUGAUGAACGCUGGAGUGUUGUAUUUGGUUCGGAUUUUGUGAUACACAACAGAGAGUUAAUAACUUCCUUCUCGCGUGCCCGUCUGGACGGGACUGACUCACUUCUUUAUUUCUAUUCUUCGCUUAAACUAUACCACUGGCGAUGACCGGCAGCAUAACGCGGGGUCAGCAAAGUGCUCGAUCGCAUGACGGCAGUACAGUCGCUUUACGCCUACGUCGGCAUAUCACGCUGAACCAUCGCUUGCUCGACCGAACUACACGCCACACACCGCGCAGCUAUCCGAGCCAUCUACCACACGCCCUAUUUAUUUUUUAUAAAAUUUUUCACUAUAGUUAUAAAUUAUAUAUAAUUUCA